AAAGCCCUUCUGACUUUUCAGCCCUUAUCAUUCACACUGCAAUCCUGAUGGCCACACACCCACCUUCAUAUUUAUAAAGUUGACAUUCCAAUUUUAUCAGCCACUUAAUUCCAAGAGUUUUAAUGGAUGAAGUAAAUAGCACAAAACACCAUGGGAACACUGAGAGAAUUUGAAAACUUGGCACCUCUUCAUGUGAAAACCUUCAGUCCCAUCUACCUUGAAGGUGCCUCAACAUUUUCAUCAGUCUGAAAUCAGAUGACAACCUUGUUCUCCCUCUCCCUUCAGAUGCCACUCUCUCUCGUUCUAGUUUGUGUUAAUUUCAAACAGGAAAUCUCUCUACUUUAUAAAGGAGAUGGGCCAAAUGUUUAUACCUGUUGCACUGUAUAUUUGUUAAACUUUUCUUUGUAAGAGAGAUACUUGUCCAAAUCCCCAAAAUCUAAAUAAAUGACCUCUCACUUUACAUCCAGUUUUCUCAUUUUUUUUUUCUCAUUGAGCGUUGUGGGCAUUGCAUCAGUUAUAGGAGAAGAAGAGGAACACAACUUUAAGGUUCAACUGGUGUUCAUAAAGUGCUAAAAAUAAGCUGACUGAUACUUUCUUUGGAACAUUCACAGUCUGCACCCUUAAUAGGUCUUCUUUCCAUAGGACACUGACAUCCAGCCCCAGGCUCUCUUUGACAGUGGUCUUGAGGUUCAGUCUUUGAGGAACUGGCUCCUGGUCCCUCAGACAGUGUCUCCACAACCUGUGAAGAGCUAUCGUGCUUCUCCUUUCCUGCAAAGUUUCCAACAAAGGAGCUGGGAAAACGGAACAGUAUGCCUGUGGGUGGAACAGGCCCCCCAGGCCGCCUCAGCCCACCGCGGAGAUGGAUGACGAACCCGAGCGGACCAAGCGCUGGGAAGGAGGCUACGAAAGAACAUGGGAAAUUCUUAAAGAAGACGAAUCCGGGUCGUUGAAAGCAACCAUCGAUGAUAUCCUCUUCAAGGCAAAGAGGAAAAGACUCUAUGAACACCAUGGACAAGUUCGACUUGGAAUGAUGCGUCACCUUUAUGUGGUUGUUGAUGGAUCAAGAACGAUGGAGGACCAAGACUUAAAACCGAACAGACUUACUUGCACUUUGAAGUUACUGGAAUAUUUUGUUGAAGAGUACUUUGACCAAAAUCCCAUUAGUCAGAUUGGCUUAAUUGUAACCAAGAGUAAAAGAGCUGAAAAAAUGACAGAACUCUCAGGAAACUCAAAAAAGCACGUAACUGCUCUGAAGAAAGCAGUGGAUAUGAACUGCAGUGGAGAGCCUUCUCUAUAUAAUUCCCUAAAUUUGGCCAUGCAGACUUUAAAACACAUGCCAGGACAUACAAGCAGAGAGAUUUUGGUAGUCUUCAGCAGCCUGACGACAUGUGAUCCAGCCAACAUCUAUGAUUUAAUUAAGUGUUUAAAAGCAGUUAAGAUCAGAGUAUCUGUCAUCGGCCUAAGUGCUGAAGUUCGAGUCUGUACAGUACUUGCCCGAGAAACUGGUGGAACAUACCACGUGAUUUUAGAUGAAAGUCAUUUUAAGGAACUGCUGAUGCAUCAUGUUAGUCCUCCACCUGCCAGUUCGAGUUCUGAGUGUUCCCUUAUUCGAAUGGGUUUUCCUCAGCAUACUAUUGCUUCCCUGUCUGAUCAGGAUGCAAAGCCCUCCUUUAGCAUGGUGCAAUUGGAAAACAACAGUGAGCCCAGUCUCACACUGGGUGGGUAUUUUUGUCCCCAGUGCAGAGCCAAAUACUGUGAGCUUCCUGUGGAAUGCAAAAUCUGUGGUCUUACACUAGUGUCUGCACCUCACCUGGCUCGGUCAUACCAUCACUUGUUUCCUUUGGAUGCUUUUCAGGAAGUUCCCCUGGAAGAAUACAAGGGGGAACGGUAUUGUCAAGGCUGUCAGGGAGAAAUGAAAGAUCAAAAUGUUUACAUAUGUAAAGUGUGUCAGAAUGCAUUUUGUGUGGAAUGCGACCUGUUUGUCCAUGAUUCUCUGCACUGCUGCCCUGGCUGUAUUCACGAGCAUCCUGCUCCCAUAUCUGUAUGACACCAUGUCUUUGAGAAAUUGUUUUAUUUAUGUCACUCUUGCAUGAAUUUUUUUUGUUCAGACAUUUUAUUUUUUUCAUUCAGACAGUUUUGUUUAUUCAGACAUUAUUUUAACUGACACAUCUCAGAACAACAAGAUGGUUAAAGAGGGAUGAUGUGCUGGUUUAAAGGUAAACCAGCAGGGGAAAUGAACUCAACUCAAAAGAGAGAUUAUAAGUCAGAAUAACAAUUUAAUAAAAUAAUACAAUAAGUA